UUCUUUGGCGCUGCGGUCGGGGCAGUUGUUGGAUUGAUUCUACCGUGUGCACUACCCAUUGAAGCUGGAAUUGGAGCUGGUAUAGGUCUUAUCGCCGGUAUUAUUUAUGUCGGCUAUAAAUUGGGGAUCAAUUGGAGAAAAUGCAAGGAUGAUAUCGAAAACGUUCGUGAAACACUGUUGCAAAUAAGAACAGGACUUGAGAAGAUUUACAAUGCAUUGGAAAUAGCUAACAAUGUUUUAGGAAAAGCUAAGACUGAAGGUGAUCUUCAAGAAGAGCAGCUUGGCUUGUCUCCUGAUGCACCGCGUAUCACGUAUCAAGAUAUUUCGGAUUUGGAACAAUAUGUAUGUGCAACUUACGAUGCUUUCAUAGAUUUGAAAGCACUUAUUUUGAAUUCAGACACAAAGAAAACCUCUUCACGUUUUUAUUUAAAAUGA